UUAGCUUCUCUUCAAAAGAUCCUUUAACAGUUACUGAGUCGUUAUAACUCGGCUUCGAUCCAAACUCUAGAGAUGGAACAUUUGAAGCAAAGCUUCGAGGAGUUUACAGAGUAAAAAGGUUCAAUGCUUGUAAAUGCGGUAAACCACGUGACCGGUGACAAACGAUGCCUCUUCUUCUUCUUAUAAUGGCGGUUGGCAAACAACUGAAGGAGGCAUUACCGCCACCAACUGGUAAGGAGUGUGGACCACAUGACAUCUAUACACCACUCCCAGUGCAUGGACAGCCACAUUAAACAGGCUUGCAAUAUUCUGCAUAAGCAACAUAAUCAUUUAUAAAGAUUUAAAGUGGUUAAAACUGUCUUUGCCAGCAAAUCUGAACAUUUGUUGACAUCAGUUUUAAAAAGAUGAAAUAAAUGUUGACAAAUAAGUGAAACAUGUACUUAAAAAUUACAAUCACACACAUUCCUCUCCUAUCAACUGCUGAUGUGGACAAAAGGAGCACAGCUCUGAAUGAUGGACGGACGCUUCAACCCUUGAUUUGUGAAGGGACAACGUCUGGGCCCCUCUUUUUCCAAAGUAAGGUUAAGUCACAAUCAGAUUUACCAAGAAACUGGUUAAUGCAUUGAAGACUUAUGCAGUAAAGCUGGACAAAAAAGCAGAUGUUAUCUGCUAAAAUGAAUGUUUUACAUUUGACUGGAAUUUGUAAGCUUUGAGUGACCUUGCAACUGAUCACAGUAUGUAUUAUAAUCCUAUGUUUAAUCAAAAUGAUCAAUUGUGAUUACAAACAUUUUUUUUUAAAAAGAAGUGUGUCUCAUCUAUUCUGUCUAGUACAGAAGUCUCAUUCUCGCAGCCCGCACGACGAUAUCUUGUGACCCCCACCGUGAUAUGAAAGUAUAAUAUUAGUGCAGCCCGCAGGGGGAGUGGACCUCUGAAGGAAGUCCCGCCCGCCGUUCCUCAUCGUGGCUGACAUUCGGUGCUAGGCUAAGCUACACCGACUUCAUGCACAUUCCGCUUGUAACAGCAGUGUGGCGGAUGACGAACAGUCCGGUAGCUAUCACCUUUUUUUGUGGUCGCCAUUCGGGUACUUUCUACCAUCGACAAAUGCCACGAUCAAACGCGGAGAAAGGCAACUGCUACCGGGCUGCUCGUCAUCCGGCGCGCUGUUGUGACAAGUAGAAGCGGAAAUGACGUCACGCGUCAACUUUGACUUCUAAGAAACGUGGAACAAGAGCGAUGCCAAGUGGAAUAAACAAAAUUUUGUCACACCCUCAUCAUGUCUUUGUCAAAGCCAAAGCCUGCAGUGAAGAGAAAGAUGGGUGACGAGCACAGACAAUUUCAGCAAAGGUGGAAGACGCAGUAUUUCUUUGUUGAGCACAAGAGUAUCCCGACAUGCCUUAUUUGCACUGAAAAAGUUGCAGUGCACAAGGAAUACAACCUGAAACGUCAUUAUUCAACUAAACAUGCUGAGGAAUGUGCAAAAUACCAGGGGGAUGAGUGAGCCAACCGGGUUGCCAGCCUUAAAACAUGUCUAGUGAGGCAACAAGAUUUCUUCAAGAAGGCAACCAAAGAGAAUGCUGCAGCAGUCGAAGCUAGCUAUAUGGUUAGUGAGAUUAUUGCUAAGGUGGGGAAACAAUUAAAAAAGGGAGAGUUUGUAAAAAAAAAAUGCAUAUUACAGUUUGCAAGUAUAGUUUGUCUGGAAAAGAAAAGUCAGUUCAGCAACAUCAGCCUUUCUGCCAACACAGUGGCAGAGCGCAUUUCUGACUCGUCAAGUGACAUUUAUCAUCAACUGUGUGAGAAAGCCAGAUGUUUUGAUGCAUAUUCAGUUGCUCUUGAUGAGAGCGCCGACAUAACUGACACUGCUCAGCUCUCAAUUUAUGUCACUUUUAUGUGGACUGGUGGCACUUGUUCAGAGAAAACCUGAGGAGGAGGGUGUAGAAGAGGCCAUUGCUCUGCACUGCAUUAUCCAUCAGCAGGCCCUUUGCAGCAAAUGCCUGAAGUGUGACAACGUGAUGUCUGUUGUUGUGAAAUGCAUCAACAACAUCAGAUCCAGGGGCUUAAAGCAUAGGAGGUUCCGUGCUUUUUAGAGGAAAAUGAGUUAGAAUAUGAAGCUGUGCUCUACUUCACUGAGGUAUGUUGGCGCAGCAGGGGAAAUGUCUUGAAAAUAUUUUUUUGAACUCAGAGAAGACAACUGGCUAUGACAACAUAAGAUCAUUCUCCACAAAACUUGUGUUAUGGAAAGCCCAGCUCUCUCAGACAAACCUUUGCCAUUUCCCAGCAUGCAAGGCACUUGAGGAUGCAGGCACACCAUUCAGUGGUGAGAAGUAUGUUGAUGCUAUUUUGAAGCUGCAGAAGGAAUUUGAUCACAAAUUUGCAGAUUUCAAGAUGCACAGAGUUACUUUUCAAAUUUUUGCAGACCCCUUCACCUCUGCAAGAUACUCCUCCUGUGCUUCAAAUGGAGCUUAUUGACCUGCAAUGCAACUCUGACCUCAAGGCCACAUUUAGGGAGGUGAAUGGAAAAGCAGACAAGCAUGGGCAAUUUUUGAGGGAAUUGUCCCCCAGCUUCCCUGAGCUUUCCCAAAUGUUCAAGCAGACCAUGUGCCUUUUUGGGAGCACAUAUUUGUGCGAAAGCUCUUCUCCACCCUGAACUUUAACAAGUCCAAGUACAGGUCCAGACUUACUGAUGAGCACCUUCAAGCCCUACUGAGGGUCUCCACUGCUUCUUCUCUCAAGCCAAAUGUGGCUCAGAUAUGUGAGAGGAAGCGUUGUCACGUCUCUGGCAGCAAGGAGUAAGCUGGAGAAGACAUGUUCUGAGGAACUGUUCAUGAUCUUCAUUCAAUGUUCAAUUCAUGUGUUCAGGACAGUUCAUGUAUUGUAGAAAUCAUUAACUGUUGAUGACAUUUGAGGAUAUUUUUUAACAAAAUAUUUUGUGGAAUCCCUUACCCAGCCUCACCCAGACUGUGCCUCCAGCGGCCCCCAGUGGGUGGUUCUAACAUUUGUCUUCAGCACCAUUGGUUAGAAUUGAUGCCGAUCCUGCUGCUACUGCCUAGACUCCGGUACCGAAGUUCUUUUGGUAGGCACAAUGGAGGGUUCUCUUACAGCCAUUGCCAGGUCACUGGCAAAUGAUACUGACCAAAAUGACUACCUCCAUUUUCAUUUUGCACGGGUCAUGGAGGAUUUCAAUCAACUCCAAGCUGAGAUGGAUGUGGAGGUUGACUCCACUAUAUUGGACAGUCUGGAGGAAGUUGGCCCCCAACUUGCUAUACGCCUAGAAUCAGAGGAAAGGAGGACUGGACGACCAUCCAUUAUUUUACCUCCAGAGGUCAUUGAGACGCACCUCCAUUUCGGCCACACCGCUGCAGACAUCACAAAUUUGUUCGGGGUGUCUGAGUGGACAAUUCGACGGAGGAUGGCACAGUACGGAAUAAGACUCCACGAUCUGUUAACACCAUUGAAUGACGAAGAUCUUGAUGAGAAAGCGACACAAAUUCAGCAACACCAGCCAAACUGUGGAUAUAAAAUGAUGCUUGGUCACCUGAACGCACAGGGCAUCCACAUACAGAGACAACGGGUACAGGCUUCCAUGCGGCGUGUGGAUCCUCGUGGAGUUUUGAUGCAGACCCUUCAGCUGAACCCACGGAGACGGAGGAGGUACUCUGUGCCAGCACCAAACAGUUUGUGGCACAUAGACGGCAAUCACAAACUGAUAAGAUGGCGUAUUGUUGUGCAUGGUGGUACUGAUGGCUUUAGUCGCCUCAUCGUAUACCUGAGUGCCUCCACCAACAACCGCGCAGCAACAGUCCAGCUUUCUCAUAGCUGUUAACGUCUAUGGUGUACCAUCCCAUGUGAGAUCGGACAAAAGAGGGGAAAUGUUGCUCGCUUCAUGGUGGCUAACAGAGGACAUAACAGGAAUUCACAUAUUGCUGGCAGAAGUGUCCAUAAUCAAAGUGCUGUGUCCCUCACAUCCAGAAGCACCUUGAGGUUUUCCAGCAUGGCUGGAACUACCAUCGACUGAGCUCUGAGGGAAAUCAGUCACCAUUUCAACUGUGGACUUACCAGCAGUGUGAUGCACAGCAGGAGCCUUUAGAGGUUGAUGUGGAGUAUGGUGUUGAUUGGACUGGACCAUCUGGUUAUCGCCAGCAGGAUGUUGUGGUCCCUGAGGUUCAGCUGCAGCGCCCACUGACCGAACAGGAAGUGGAAAGCCUCCCAAAACCUGAUGGCCCUCUGUCUGACAUCUUGGAUUCUUACAUGGAGACAGUAAAUCUUUUAUCUGAGAUGCUCCAGUGAAUCACAGUUUCAAGUGCAGAAAUAAUUAAUAAAUCA